AUGCCACUGAUCUAUGUUGAUGUUCUCCAUGUUAACUGCAAGUUAAACCCACACACAACUGUAAUUGCUGCAUCUGAUAUCAUAAAGAAAAAUCUAUACGUUGAAGUCAUUUCAAAUGAUAGUAUUGAUGAUGAAUUUGUCGACCAUGAGGUUUCUAGUGUUAUAGAGGGUUCUUUUGAUGCUGGAUAUUUUCUUUUUGUAAGGUUGGAAAUGUUGGCACUCUUCUUCAGGGUAUUGUUUUUCAACCAGGGCUAUUUACUUCUAUUACAGCAGCAAAUGAUAUUGCUACAUGCAAAGAUCUAUCAAAGAAGAGAACCUUCCAUCUCGAUUUUUAGCUCACAAAAUCAGGGUAGUGGUGUUAGUCCCCAGUCAGAACAAGCUAUCAAACAAUUGGUCCAAUUACAGAACCAAGCAUUUACUCCAGACCAAGUUUCAUUCUCUGUGCUGCAAUCAAGCUCCCCUUCUACAAUUCUUAUGUUAUGGGUCGCUAGCCCAAGGUUGAGAAAGAAAAAAAGAAAAAAAAAUAGCCAAGUGUUUCCUCGGGAGGGAAAACGUAAGCCAUUGCCAAAUCCAGAGUUCGAAAUUGAGAACCAAUCUACCAUUUCACUUGGGAAUCUUAAAAUGGUCGAACAGGACGAGGUGAUGCAGGUAUUUGAAGUGUCAUCUCUGUUAGAAAGAUCUGAGGACGUUGUAGAAGCAGCUAAAGAUGUAAUAUUAGAAUCAAUCUCGUCCCUCAAAACUGCAAUCCGAGAAAACGUUCCCUGAGCCUAACAGAUUGAUUGAAAGUGAGCUGAAAUGCCAAAACCUUGAGCUCCACCAAACAACUAUAGUUGCUAAACCUCAAUUUGUGCCACCAGGACCUCAAUUUGCGGAAAUGGAAAAUAAGUCCAGUGAGUUGGUUCACAAUGAACUGAUAAACCCAAACUUGCGGGCCACCAAACUCAUGCAAUUGCUAAACUUCAAUUUACGCCUCCACAAUUGAUUGGCAAACCAUUGGAUACUCUGAUGGAAAGGAAAAUGUCUCUGAAGAAUGAUAUUGAACAACUUCUACAGUUGCAGCCUGUACCUAAGGUUUUAACGAAGGAUGAAACUUUCGAUGAUGGAAAACUAGUUACAUAUGCUGCUGACAAUACUGGAGUACGUUCCCUCUAAACAUGAGCUUGCUGCUGAAGAAUCUUUUCCCCCGGUAAGGAUUGAUCCCCAAAAAUCUCUACUUCAGCUUGUCCCAUGACUGGCAGAGAAAUUUUUCAGGAUGCUAUUUUCUGCCAACUCAAAUCUUCAUGUCCUUCUUCCCGAUUCCCGAAUAAAUAUUGAGCGUAACAGGUACACUAUGUUAAUAGUAUCAUACAGUGAAUCCGACUUCUUACAUGGAGUAAUUAUCACAUUAUAUGGAUGAGUGGUUAUUAAAAUUUAUGAAGUUCCUUUAUCCAGCCGUUCACUUAUUAGAUAAUUGCACUAGUUGACGCUUUUGAGAUGACAUAACCAUUAUUUUGAAUAUUUUCUC